AUGUAUAUAAAGAUGGCCACGUUAGCAAACGGACAGGCUGACAACGCGAGCCUCAGUACCAACGGGCUCGGCAGCAGCCCGGGCAGCGCCGGGCACAUGAACGGAUUAAGCCACAGUCCGGGGAACCCGUCGACCAUUCCCAUGAAGGACCACGAUGCCAUCAAGCUGUUCAUUGGGCAGAUCCCCCGCAACCUGGAUGAGAAGGACCUCAAGCCCCUCUUCGAGGAGUUCGGCAAGAUCUAUGAGCUCACGGUCCUGAAGGACAGGUUCACAGGCAUGCACAAAGGUGAUUCUACUCUGACACACUGUGAGUUGGAAUCGAUUUUGGGUGCACAGUCAGUUCUUGCUUCCUCUCACAGCCUUCCUGGGAUGAACCGGCCGAUCCAGGUGAAGCCAGCGGACAGCGAGAGCCGAGGAGGUAGUAGCUGCCUGCGCCAGCCCCCUUCACAAGAUAGAAAACUCUUCGUGGGUAUGCUCAACAAACAGCAGUCCGAGGACGACGUGCGCCGCCUCUUCGAGGCCUUCGGGAACAUCGAGGAGUGCACCAUCCUGCGCGGGCCGGACGGCAACAGCAAGGGGUGCGCUUUUGUGAAGUACUCCUCCCACGCUGAGGCGCAAGCUGCCAUCAACGCUCUACACGGCAGCCAGACCAUGCCGGGAGCCUCGUCCAGUCUGGUGGUCAAGUUUGCCGACACCGACAAGGAGCGCACUAUGCGGCGAAUGCAGCAGAUGGCUGGCCAGAUGGGCAUGUUCAACCCCAUGGCCAUCCCUUUCGGGGCCUAUGGCGCCUACGCGCAGGCACUGAUGCAGCAGCAAGCGGCCCUCAUGGCCUCAGUUGCACAGGGUGGCUACCUGAACCCCAUGGCUGCCUUCGCCGCCGCCCAGAUGCAGCAGAUGGCAGCCCUCAACAUGAAUGGCCUGGCGGCCGCACCCAUGACCCCAACCUCAGGUGGCAGCACCCCUCCGGGCAUCACUGCACCAGCUGUGCCUAGCAUCCCGUCCCCCAUUGGGGUGAACGGCUUCACCGGCCUCCCCCCACAGGCCAAUGGGCAGCCUGCUGCAGAAGCUGUGUUUGCCAAUGGCAUCCACCCCUACCCAGCACAGAGCCCCACCGCCGCGGACCCCCUGCAGCAGGCCUACGCCGGAGUGCAGCAGUAUGCAGGUCCAGCCGCCUACCCUGCUGCCUAUGGUCAGAUAAGCCAGGCCUUUCCUCAGCCACCUCCAAUGAUCCCGCAGCAGCAAAGAGAAGGGCCCGAGGGCUGUAACCUGUUCAUCUACCAUCUGCCCCAGGAGUUUGGGGACGCUGAGCUGAUGCAGAUGUUCCUCCCUUUCGGCCGGCACCCUGUGCCCUCCCGCUGCCAGGCCCCCUCCUGUCAGGGAGGACAGUGUCCAAUAAACUCCUCCACCCGCAGGCUUCGUGAGCUUCGACAACCCGGCCAGCGCGCAGACCGCCAUCCAGGCAAUGAACGGCUUCCAGAUCGGCAUGAAGAGGCUGAAGGUGCAGCUGAAGCGGCCCAAAGACGCCAAUCGCCCGUACUGAGCGCCGGCGGGAGCGUCCCCCGGGGGAGACCAGGACUCGCACAGGGCAGGAUGCUGAACGGGCUACAUUAAAAAACAAACCUCUCUCUAUAUAUAUUUAUAAAUGAGAACUGUUGGAUGACACCUUUGACAUAUCAGCCAAUAUCAAUCAAGCUGAAGACUCCAGACACCCUCUGUGACUGUACCAUUUCUUCAAGGGAAGUAUAGCAUCUAUGGAGUUCAGAGGGCACAUGUUUGGGGAAAAAUGCAUAUGACAUAAAGAAGAUGAAGAAAACUGAGGAAAAACAAAACACACACAAAAAAGGCAACUUUUAAAACAAAAUAACAUGAAACCAGACGGGGAGGCUGAAGGGCUGGGAACUGGGAAGAGACGCUGCUUACUGAUCCCCAGGGCUUUUCCAGCCCGUUGGCGCCUUGAGGCAGGCUGGGGCAAACGGUGUGGCGGGGCCUGGUCCCCAGGGUGCGGCUGGGAGGCCGCCACUGAGCAUCUCUAUCUGUCAUUCCUUUAGCUAUUUAG